AUGGAUGUACGUAUCGCCGGGCUCUACGAUUUGGAGCAGACCAUUGGCCAGGGACAUUUUGCCAUCGUCAAACGGGCCAAGCAUGUCUUCACACAGGAGCAGGUGGCGGUGAAAAUCAUCGACAAGGACAAUCUGGACAUUGAAUCGCGCGAGCACAUGAUGCAAGAGGUUCGCUGUAUGAAACUGGUGCAACAUCCGAACAUUGUCCGUCUCUACGAGGUGAUUGACACGCAGACAAAGCUCUUUCUCAUCCUCGAGCUCGGCGACUACGAUAUGCACGAUUUCAUCUUGAAAUACGAGGAAAAGGGAUGCCCCGAGCCACUCGCCCAACAAUACUUCAGCCAAAUUAUCAAAGCCAUCAGCUAUUGCCACAAAUUGCACGUCGUACAUCGAGAUCUCAAGCCGGAAAACGUGGUGUUCUUCGAGCAAUUGGGCAUGGUGAAGCUGACAGAUUUCGGCUUCUCGAACAACUACGAGCCGGGCACCCAAUUGAAGACGUGGAUGGCGCAUGAUGGUGACGAGGCCGAGCGGACAGUGGCGACCCGCCGGCCGGCUGCUUGGAGGGCGGCCUUACGUGUUAUGGACGACGCUUUGUUCGUACAAUCUGGGCUACUGUUUCUGCAUCUGUACGGAGGACAUGGACGCAAUUCUCUCAAUCGACUGCAGCUUCUCAGGCGCAACCUGCGUCCUACAAUGACGGCGGCCAUGGUGGAGGAAUUAUGGAGACAGCAUCAGCUAGCAACGCCACAGGAGUUACAAACAGCCAUGGCCAACCAGCUGGCUAUAAACGCUGAGGUGGCCGUACCCGCCGUCGACGAGGGCGCGCCAGGAGACGUGCAUCGCGUACCGGACCCCUACAGGAACCCCGAGGAUGUGAAUGUCCUUCCAGUAGACGGGGUGGACACCGAACCACGCGAAGCAUCACCGAACGGCGAGGAGCUGCCACCAAAUGACGAUGACUCGUCGGACUCGGACUCGUCGGAUUCCGAUGAUGACAUUGGAAACAAGGAGUUGGGAUUGCGGCUCCUCUACUGGAUGUAUAGCGCUGCAAAAGGAGGAGUGCCGAUAUUCCAGUACGAAUGGCUGCUGCUGUUGGCGGUUGUGAACUGGUUCGGCGAGCCUGACUUGAGGAUUGCGAACAGGGCUUUUGAAUGGGGCAACACCAACAGAGAGCAUCUCGAGGACAUCUUCAUGGACAUGUGGAACGAUGUGCCCGAAGCAGACAAUGCUCCUAAUAUCCUGAAC